CAUUUGUAUUGCAAUCGAGUUUAAAGCUUCCAAUAUGGCUGCGCCCAUGUAAACUGUCGUGUGUAUUUUUUUUACUGAAACUUCCUUAAACUAUGGAUAAAAAGUUUUUUUCGGGUAAUUUGGAAAGAUUUAGGUCUGAAAUACAAUUGUUGACGAAAAACCAAGGCGAAAAGGCAGUUAAAUUUCAACACAGUCAUGGGAUCUCUAAAACGAGGAAACCUGUCCAAUCAAGGAAAGAACGAAGAAAAGAAGAUCGUAUUGAAAAGAAAUCUAGAAGAAAUGCAUAUAGCAGACGAAUUCCGAUUCCAACUAGGGAAGAAAAAGAGAAGGCAAAGAAGGAAGCAAUGCUUCAAGAAAAAAUGGAACAAAAGAAAAAGAAAUUGAAAGAAAAGAAAAAGAAACAAAAGAAAAAGAAUGCUAAGAAACGGAAAGAGACAGAGGAUGCAGAAGAAGAAGAAAGAAGGUUCAAGACUAUCUAUGAUGAUAAGGAGAUAAAAGACCUGGAGAAAAAGCUGGGUCUCAGCAAACGCAAGAAGAAAGACACACUUCCUCAGUCCUUCAAGAAUGACGGCCUGGAUUAUAUUCUGGAUGUUGUUGAUCCUGAGAAGCUUCAGAUGAUGACACAGCUCAACCAACUGGAAGGUGACAGUAAUGAUGAGGAUGAGUUUGAUCAAAUUGGAGAGGAGAGUGAAUCAGAUGAUGCUGAUGAUGCUGACUUGGCUGAUUUCUAUGAGGAGGAGGAGGAGGAGGAUAAUGCUAGAGAGAAUGUUAAAGACAUUGAAAAACCAUCAGUUAAUACCCCACUUGAAAAUAAAAGUAAUUCAAAGACAAAAACAAAAGAUGGUACUGAUGUUGCAUCUGGUAAAUCAGGUAAAGAGAGCGGAAACAAAGAAUCUGGUCCUUCUGAAAAGAAAGAAAAAUGGGAAGAACUUGCUGACAGAAUAAAAGAAAUAACUGAAAAGAAAAUGAAAGAGAAAGCAGAAAAGAAAAAGGACAAGAAAGUUAGAUUUGUUGAAGAUGAAAAUGAAGAAAUAACAAACAGUGAAAGUGAUGAUGACUUUGAUGGUGAAAUGGAAGAGUUUUCUGAUGAAGAUAGUGAAGAUCACAGCGAAACGGGUGAUGCUGAUGAAGUGGAAGGAACUGAGGAUGUAAAUGAAGACUCAAGUAUAGAAAAUAUGGAGGAUGAUACAGUUGAUGAUGAAGGUUUAUUUGAAAAAGAUCAGGAACUGAUGGAAGGAAAGGACACAGAUCUCACAGAUGUCACAGAGGAUAUCUAUGGAAGGCUCAGAGAUUCUGAAGGUAGGAUAGUGAAGGAUAACAAGCCAGCAGGGGGUGAAGGAGCUUAUGUACCUCCAGCUAAGAGGAUGAAAUUAGCAGGAGGUGACGAUGAAAAACGCAAACUAAAGAUGGAACAGUUACAAAAGCAAUUGAAAGGGCUAGUAAACAGGGCAAGUGAAAACAACAUGCAGCCAAUCAGCAGCCAGGUUGAGGAGCUGUAUCUUAGCAAUAGCCGUGCAGACGUCACUGAGACUCUUCUGGAGAUUGUGUCGUCUGCCUGUGUCACGCCUGUCCUCACGCCCGACCGUCUGUCCAUGGAACUCAUGAUGCUCGUGGCCAUACUGCAUGGGAAUGUGGGAUCAGAAGUGGGUGCAGCAUUCCUGCAGGAGUUUGCCCGCCAGUUUGACCAUCUGCUGCGAGAGGAGAACUACGGAGCAGGCAAGCAGAUUGACAAUGUGAUCGUCCUCCUUGCCCAUCUAUAUAACUUCAAGGUGAUGCAUAGCCUAUUGAUCUUCAGUGUGAUCCGCAAGCUUGCAGAGAGCUUUCAUGAGCGUGAUGUAGAGUUGAUUCUUCUGAUGCUAAGACACGUGGGCUUCACACUACGAAAGGACGAUCCUGCAGAGUUGAAGGAUCUGAUUGUUCAGAUCCAGUCCAAGGCGUCUGGUCCAGAGGGGUCAAGCCUUGCUGACCAGUCGAGGGUUAGGUUCAUGCUCGAGGUCAUUUUGGCGAUCCGGAACAACAACAUGCGCAAGAUCCCAAACUAUGAUCCAGAUCAUCUUGAACACCUGAGGAAAAUGAUCCGCAACUAUAUGCGGGGCGGUCAUUUUGGUGACAAUCAGCUUCAUAUCUCUCUGGAGGACUUACUGAACGCAGAGCAACAUGGCAAAUGGUGGCUUGUGGGAUCUUCAUGGGAGGGGAAAGAUACAAAGAACACCGAGCAAGAUGGAACAAAAAAUAGUUCUGUUGUUGGUGGUCUUGAAGUGUCUUCCAAGCUUCAGGCGUUGGCACGGAAACAGCGUAUGAAUACAGAGCUGCGCAGGAAUAUUUUCUUUAUCAUAAUGACCAGUGAGGAUUUUCUGGAUGCCUUUGAAAAGCUGCUCCGUCUCGGUUUGAAGUCCAACCAACAACAGGAGGUGGUAAUCGUUAUUCUGAGCUGUUGUAUGCAGGAGAAAAACUACAAUCCCUUCUAUGCGGUUCUUUCUCAGAAAUUUUGUGAAUACCACAGGACUUAUCAGAUGGGUUUCCAGUUCAGCCUGUGGGACCAGUUCAAGGAGUUGGGCAGCCUGUCAGAUCGGCGCAGGUCACACCUUGCCAAGUUGCUGGUCCACCUGUUUACCACCCGCGCCCUGUCUCUCUCCAUUCUCAAGGUGGUCUCUUUUGGAACCCUCGAUAAAUCCAUGGUGCGUCUUCUGAAGCAGAUUAUGACGGAGAUUCUUCUGGAUCAUCCAGAAGCCAUAGUUAAGGAUUGCUUUACCCGUAUUGCUCAGUUGGAUAAGCUGAAACCCCUACACGAGGGACUUAGACUCUUCCUCAGACAUUUUCUCACUCGCUGGAAAAAGGCCGAACCGAAAAAUCCGCUUUUAUUGGAGAGAAUUGAACUUGUGGAUACAGUUUUAUCACGGGGAAAAGGGCAUGUUCUUUUAUAGGAUAGCAUUUUUUUUUAUAACUUUUUUCUGAUACAAGAAUGAAAUGAUUUGAUGAAUUUGUGUUCAUUUUUUUUGCAAUUAAAUAUCUUUUUGAUGACAAA